AUGGAAUCUCCUGCGAGCACCCUGCAAGCCUCUCCAGCCAAAGCUGAUAUAGAUACUAUGAGAAAGAUGCUUAGAGUGCUAAAAGAAAAGAAUGAUAAACACAAAGCGCAACUUAAGCAGUCAAUCACAAAUACACAAAUCUUAACAAAUGAAUUAAACAAAGUUAACACAGAAAAGCAAUCUUUACAUGAUCAACUCACUGAAUGUAAGGAACGUUUGGCUCUUAAAGAAAAUCAGAUCGUACAAAUUAAUCAAUUAUAUGCUCAAGCCGAAACAGAUCUUAAAAAUCUUCAACAUUCUAACGCCGAGUUAGUACAAGCAUUCAAUGAAGAGAGAAUGAAAAUGAAAAAAGAAAAUGCAGAAUUAACUACACAAUUAAAGAAGGCAGAGAAAAACAACAUGGAUUUAUCAAACGAUCUUUCAACUUUGAUAGAGAAUACUCAUGAUGAAUCAGAGAAAAUUGAGGAUUUGCAAGAAAAAGUCAAAGAACUCGAAACAUUAAAGAAGCAAUUAGAAGAAAGCGAGAAAGUGAUACUAGAGGAAGGUGAAAAGAACCAACUUUUGGAAAAUGAAACAAAUAAUCUAAAACAACAAUUAUCAAAUUCUAAAAACAAUUCAGAUCUACAAAAUGCAAUGGAUGAGCUUAUUUCAAUGAAUGAAGAAUUAACAAGUAAAAAUGAACAACUUCAGAAACAAAUCCAAGAAUUUAACUCAAAAUCGUCAACAAAUGAUGAAGCUGCAAUUACAACACUUUCAAAUGAAAAUAUCUCGCUAAGUAAUCAAAUUACAGAAAGAGAUGCAACAAUUGAAGAACUUUUACAAAAAAUUGAAUCAAUUCAAAGCGAAUUAGAUUCUAAACAAAAGGAGUUACAACAAUUACAAGAAAAUAAUGCCAAUUUACAGAGUUCAAAUGAUUCAGAAAAAGAUUCAAUGAUUGAAGAUUUAAUUCGCAAAACUGAUGAACUUCAAAAGGAAAUUGGGCUAAAGUCAGAAGAAUUAUCAACAACCAAGAAGGAUUACGAGUCAAAACUUCAAAAUUUGGAGUCAAAAUUAUCUGAACUUCAAAUUUCAAUGGAUUCCAAGACAAAAGAAGUAAGUGACUUACAAUCACAACUUCAGCUCAAAGAAAACGCAAUUUCUGAAAGUUCUAACGCAACUACUCAAAUUUCAUCUGAACUUGAAAGAUUAAAUGGCAUAGUUUUGAGAAACAAUGAACUAAUCCAACAAAAGGAUACUGAAAUUACAAAGACCAAACAAGAACUUGAAGAUUUGCAAAAAUUGAACGACAAAUUAAAGUCAAAGAUCAAUGAAUUGACAGAAACUAACAAUAAACUAGUAUCUGAUCUGAGUGAGCUCCAACAGAUGUCAAAGGAAACAGAAGAAAAAUUAAAAUCAGAAAUUGAAAGUAUCCAAAGCCAGUUAAACCAAACUAAUGUCAUGUUGAAAGAAAAAGAAGGAAGCCAGAUUCAAUUUGAUUCACAAAUUUCUGAAAUUCAGAAAAGAUAUAAUGAUAUUGAGGUGCAACUUAAAGAAAAACUUGAAGCAAAUACUUCACUGAUGAAUCAAGUUGAAGAAUUAUCAAAUAAAGUUGAAUAUUAUGAGAAACAAAACUUUGAAAAGCGAAAUCAAGAAUUAGAAGCUAAUUUAUCGGCCAUUACCUCAGAAUAUCAAUCAUACAAGUCUCAAUCCGAACAAAAGAUCCUUGACAUUCAACAAAAGCUUGAUAAAACAAAUAAUAAUCUUGAAAAGCUUCAGAAAGACCAUGAAACAUCAAAAGAUGAGUACCAUAAUGAGUUAAAUGAAAAGGAAGCUCUAAUAUCUUCACUCAAAGAAGAAAAUUCUUCAAUUAAUCAGAGACUCCAACAGAUAUCUAAUGAAAACAAAGAAUUGAUGAGCCAAAUCAAUAGCCAAUUAAGUGGUGAAGAGAAAUCAAAGCAAAUCAUUGAGCAAUUGACCAACGAAAAGAAUAAACAAAUUCAAGAGCUUCAAAACAAGGUCAAUUCUCUAAACCAACAGAGGAAUAAUGAUAAGCAAGCUCUUAAGACCCGUGCUGUAGAGUUCUUUAAGAAUGAAAAGCAACAAUUUGAUCAAAUAUUAAAUAUAAUUUCAGAAAAAGAGCAGAAACUUGGCCAAAUGUCCGAGCAAAUGGCGAAAAAGCUAAUACUUGUUAGGAGAUUACAAGAAUAUUCCAUAGAAACAGAGAAACUCAAAGAUGAAGUCACAUCUCAACUUGAUAUAGUCCAACAGAAGGUGAAGGAACUUAACCAGAUUGUAGAAAAUGAUGAUGCAACGAACAAACAGAUUUUAGAAGAAAAAGAACAAAUUAUUUCCGAAUUAGAGCAAAAGAUCGAAGAACUCGAGUCAGCAAACGAAGAACUAGGCAAUUCGAUCAAUGAGAAAGAAGAAGACAUCAAUAAUCUUAAUACAAAACUAAAUGAAAUCCAAAAUCAAAUUUCACAGAAAGACAGUGAAGAAAACAAUGAAAUAACGAAACUGAAGGAUGAAAACAGGACUCAACUUGAGAAAAUAAACAAUUUGGAGAAAGAAAAAGAAAAUCUUCAAAUUUCUGUUUCUCAAGUCAAGAAACAGUUGGAAGAACAACUGGAUUCUAUGAGCGCUCAAUCAAACCAACAAGUUCAGACUUAUAUUGAUCAAAUUAAAUCUCAAAAUGAGAAAAUAAAUAAUUUGGACCGGGAAAUCUCCGAAUAUAAGCAGAAGAACGAAGAAUUACAAAACAGUCUUGAUGGCAAUCAGAAAUCUUACGAAGAGGAACUUUCUUCUCUGAAAAUCCAAUUAUCAAAAUUAAAUUCAGAGAAAGAAACAUUUUCCAAUGAAAUUAAUGAACUUAAGCAUGAUAUUGCCAAUAAAGAUGACCAAAUUUCUUUGAAAGAGAAAGAAAUUCAAAAAAUUGAAAAUGAAAAUUUGGUUUUGAGUCAAAAUUUGACAGAAAUGAAAGAAAAAUUGAAUCAGUCAUCAGAAGAACUUACCAAAUUAAGAAACGAAUACAAUAAUUCUGUCAUUGAAUAUCAAAAUCAAAUUUCUGCUCUAAAAAGUGAAAAAGAAGGUAAACAGAUGGAAAAUAACGAAAAUGUGAAACAACUACAGUCAGAAAAAGAAGAAUUAAUUAAGAAAUUCACGAAUCUCGAAGAAGAGAAGAAUAAAUUGUCCAAAUCUAUGGAGAAGAAGCUCCAAGACUAUGCAGAACAAAUGGCCGCAUCACAAGACACAAUUUCCUUGUUGGAACAGCAAAAACAAAACUUGGAAAAAGUUUCUCAAGAAAAAAUCCAAGAAAUGAAGCAAAAAUGCAUCAAUUUAGUGGAAUCAGAACGAAAGAAACAUGAAGAAGAGAUUGAAAAGCUUAAAAACCUUGUUCAAGCUAAAUCUGAUGAACAAACAAAGAAAUCUUUGGAAAAUAUUCAAAAUCUUCAAUCAAAACUUGAAGAAAGCAACAAAACAAUAGAGAAUCUUUCAUCACAAAUCAAAGAAAAGGAUGAAAACUCUCUAAAUCUUCAGCAAAAAUUAAAUUCCGAAAUUCAAAAUCUAAAUUCGAGAAUUUCUGAAUUAAAUGAAGAGAAAACAACUUUAUCACAAUCAUUAUCUACUUGUCAAUCAGAGAAUUCCAAAUUAAAUGAAGAAAUUCUCAAAUUAAAACAAAAUAAUUUGAAUUAUGACAAAACCUUAAAUUCAAUUGUUUCCAAGAACAACAAGUUAUUAGAAACUAUUUCUUUGUCGUUUGAGAACUCUUUGGUGAAAUUAAAUUCAAAUAUUAUGAAAUUAAUUUCGAAAUUAAAAACAAAAGUUAAUGAAAUCGCUGAUCAAAAGCGCGCAGUGAUGGAGAUCAUGGCAAACUCUGUUUCCGCGAGAGAAGAAGAGUUCGACAAGAUUGCAGACAAAAAAGAAGAAAUUAGAAAUGAAUCAAUAAAACUAAAUCAAAUGAAAGAAGAAAAUGAAAAGACAUUACAAGAACUAAACAUUAAAUUAAGGGAUUACGAAUCUAUUAAAAGAGAUUACGAGUCAUUAAUGAGUUCUCUGAAUGCAAAGAAAUCCGAAAUCGAACAAAAAGAAAAAGAAUUAAGUGAAAAAGAAAAAAUAAAUGAUGAAAAAUUGACAGAAUUAAGUGUUGCAGAAAAGAAAGCUUUGAUGUUGCAAAGGACUAUUGAAAUGGAUAGAACACAAUAUGACAUGGAAGGAGAGAAUAUAAGAAGAGCAAAGAACGAAUUGGAAAAGAGAAGACAUCAAUUCGCUUUGGAAGUUGCUCAACAUAGAAUUGAAUAUGAAGAAUUCAAUGAAAAGAAGAAAGAUAUUGAACAAAUGAAUGAAAAGGCAACAAAGAAAUUGCAAAAAGCAGAAUUAUUGAAGCAAGAAAAUGAAAACAAACUAAAGGAAAUUGCUCAAAAUGUUUCAGAAGCAAAACAAACAAUGUUAGAUGCAGAAAAAAUUAAACAAAAUGCUGAUGAAAGAGAAAAAUUCUUGAAACAAGAAGAAGAAAGAAUUUCUAAUCUGUCGAAAGAUGCGGAAUUCAAUACACAAAAGGCAAAUGAUAUAAUGCAUAAAGCUGAAGAUAAAUUGGCUAUGAAUGAAAAGAAAGAAAAAGAAAUUGAACAAAAAAUGUCAGAAGUUGAGAAAAUUUUAAGAAUGAAGAAAGACCUUGAAGAAAAGAGUCUGCAAAUGAGUAAUAAAGAAAAGGAAAUUGUUCAAAUGAUGGAUCAAGUUAAAUCUAAACUAAAUGUUGUUGAACAAGCUCAAAAUGUUAAAAAUGAAAAUGAAAAUCUCAAGAAACAAAAUGAUGAAAAAGAUAAGAAGAUUUCGGAAUUAAAUCAUAAGCUGAAAAUAGCAAUUUCUAAGAUUAAAAGUGACCAAAAGAAGCAAAACGAAAAUGGAAUAAGCGAAGUGUUGAGAAGAUCUUUCUUGAUGUUUGUUGCUCAGGAUUGGCAACACAGAGAACAAAUGUUGCCUGGAAUUUUGUCGCUCUUGGACUGCACAGACCAGGAAAGAUUGUAUGCAAUCAAUACAUGGAAAUCUCGCGGGCACUAA